GAAAAAGGAGUAGGUGUUGCCCUAGCAACGUCUCCAAUACGCAGCCGGGUUCCGUAACGCGUCAUCAGAACUCGACCAAACACCGCCGAGGCGCGAGUUUAAAGAAGCAUUCAAAAGGUUUUGAGGAUAAACGUGAACACGAAGGAUUCGGAGGUGUGACGCCGUGGGAACGCGCGUGUCGCCGCUGCCAUGACACAGUCAGUUGUGGUCCAGGUGGGACAGUGUGGGAACCAGGUCGGCUGCAGGUUUUGGGAUCUUGCUCUGCGAGAACAUGCUCACGUCAACAAGAUAGGAGAAUAUGACGAGGCUCUUUGUAGCUUUUUCCGGAAUGUGGACUCAAGAAAUAGAGCCUGUGGUGUCGGCAGCGGAAUCCAACAUCUUAAGGCCCGAGCGGUGCUGGUGGACAUGGAGGAGGGUGUGGUCAAUGAGAUCCUGCAAGGCCCACUGAGAGAAGUGUUCGACAGCACUCAGCUCCUCACAGACGUGUCAGGUUCAGGCAACAACUGGGCGGUUGGACACAUGACAUACGGCUCAGCCUACAGGGAGCAGAUAGUGGAGAAGCUGCGAAAGGCAGCAGAGCACUGUGACUGUCUGCAGUGUUUUUUUCUCAUUCACUCUAUGGGAGGAGGUACCGGUUCCGGCUUGGGGACCAGAGUGCUGAGCCUGCUGGGAGAGGAAUUCCCAGAGGUGUGUCGAAUUGUUACCUCGGUCUAUCCAUCUGCGGAGGAUGAUGUCAUCACCUCCCCUUACAACAGUGUCCUGGCCAUGAAAGAGCUCACAGAGCACGCAGACUGUGUCAUUCCAGUGGAAAACCAGUCAUUGGUUGACAUUGUGAGUAAGAUUAAACACAUGUCUGACGGUGGAAAGCCAGGGCGGGUGAUCAAGAGAGACAGUACCAUCAUCUCUGGAGAGGGCGGCCUCAGCAGGGCAGAGAAGCCCUUUGAUGCCAUGAAUAACAUUGUGGCUAACCUGUUGCUCAAUAUUACCAGCUCAGCCCGUUUUGAGGGAUCUCUCAACAUGGACCUGAACGAGAUUGCCAUGAACUUGGUGCCUUUCCCUCGUCUACACUACCUGGUGCCGAGCCUCACCCCUCUAUACACACUGGCAGACGUCAGUAUCCCCACCAGAAGGCUGGAUCAAAUGUUUAGCGACGCCUUCAGUAAAGACCACCAGCUGUUCCGAUGUCCCUGUCCUAGAUUGAGGCCAUCGCUUCCCUUUGUCUCAUGGAACCAAGAAGGCUGGAAGACGGGCCUGUGUUCAGUGCCUCCCGUGGGUCACUCUCACGCCCUGUUAGCCUUGGCCAACAACACGUGUGUGAAGUCUAGAUUCAUGGAGCUGAGAGAGCGUUUUUCCAAGCUCUACAGGAAGAAGGCUCACUUACAUCACUACCUGAAUGUAGAUGGGAUGGAGCAGAGAAGCUUCUCAGAGGCCCUCACCUCUCUCAGCUCCUUGAUUGAAGAGUACAAUGAUCUUGAUGCCACCAAGGGGAAGCUCAUGCAUGACGCAGCCAGGCUCAGCAUCGCCAGAUGAAGGUCCACUCUUGCUUGCCAAUUUUACUGUUUGGUAUUUUGUUGCUUUAUUUAUUUAUUUAUACGAAUGGUUUGUAUACACCUUUAAAAGUUAGAAAUCCAAAUUGUCUUAUUUCUGACCAGAUGAAAUAUUUUUUCUGUCCAAAAAUUAAACAGCAUCACUAAGA